UAUCUUUUAUAUAGUACUUUCAGAAUCAUCAUGGAAUUAGUAGAAUAGAAAAGUUAUCUUUGAUGUUUUUUUUCCAAUCUUAUUUUUCUAUUUGGAAAUGGGAGGUCUCAGCUGUUUUCUACUGGAUCAGUCUCCUCUGCCAGGCUUUACUUGAGCAGGGCAGACACAUAUAAUACCUUGUUGAAUUUGAUAUGCCAUAUUUAAUAAACCUUGUUUAAAUGGAGGUUUCAUUUCUAUAAUGGCAUCACUGUGAAGUGGAAAAAAGAGAAAGUUUAAUUAGUUAUAGGAGUGUUUUUUUCAUGUCAGUCUUUUGAUAAGACAGGCUCUGCAACUUGGUAUUUCCUCAUGAAGUGAACUCUGAAUACAGAUCGCCUGUGUUAAACAAAAGGUAGUGGCAAGUAAUUCCACCCUYUUUCAGCUAUUAAAUAAUCAGUAAUUAUUUUUUGUGUUGGAGUUUGGGACAGUAUUAAAAAUGGUACUAUUGGCAGUCUGUAAGUGUUCAGCAAAUUGUUGUAAUUUAUUGUAUUUCAAAAUCUCUUUUCCUGCAUACUUUAGGUGUGACUAUUUUUUUUCCUUAUUGUGAUGAAAGUAAUGGUUAAGCAUUUUCCCAGUGUUAGAAAAAUAAUUGGAGAAGCCUUAAUGGGCUUCUGUGGGUUAUCAGUCCUGUUAAUGACUUAGUGGCCUUGGGUGAGUGGGGCUUCCCAGAAAUCUGACUUCUUCAGAAAUUUGCUGGAACUUGCUCUUUGCCCUGCUCUUCCUGGAUCGUGGCCCAUUGGGCACAGCUGGGACCAGUAUAAAAGAGGUGCAGAGGUGCAGGUAGGGAUCCUGGACUCUUCGAGGCUGUAAAGGAACAUGAGGUGCACACAGGUAUCCAUGGCGGGCUGGGUGCUGUGCGUGACGCUGGUGCUGGCAGCACUGGCAGGGGCUCAAGGCCUGUCCAGCCAGACUUUCGAGCGGGAGCACGUGGAUGACCCCCAGACCCAGCUGCCAGCGCGUGAUUACUGCAACAUCAUGAUGGCACGGCGGGGAAUGACAGCGCACAACUGCAUGGCAUUCAACACCUUUGUGCACGCCCCAGGCGAGACCGUGGCACGUACCUGUUCCCAGCAGCCCAAUGCCCAGGGGUACUACACCACCCCGAACAAGAUGAGUGUGACCAUCUGCCUCCUGAGUAGCGGGAGCCGUUGGCCACACUGCAAGUACCAGAAAGCGCAGCAGCAGCAACACUACGUGGAGGUGGCCUGCCAGGACAACCUGCCCGUGCACCUCCACAAUACCUUCCCAUAGUGAGGCAUUCUCGAGGCCCUGGAAUGAGGCCUGGCUUGAGGGGUGCCGAUUCUCUCUCCCGUCAGUGGCUCUGUCAGUGCUGGCAAUAAAGGAAUUUUCACAGG